CCACCGAGAUCAGGUGCGAAGAGAAGUCCCGCGGCGGCAUGUGCUAUGAGGUGAUCCUGGCCGAGCCCUCCGCCGACAAGCCCACGCCCACCACCACCUCCCCCAGGCCCAAGAGCAUGACCGCCGAGGAGAUCACGCAGAAGCUCCUGCAGGCCGAGGAGCGCAGGAAGUCGAUGGAGGCCUCCCGCCUGGCCAGCGUGGGCGAGCGCCUGACCCGCCUGGAGGAGGCGAGCCGCAAGAGAGAGGAGACCAACGCCGCCUUCAUCGCCGCCACCCAGACCGCCCUCGAGGACAAGCUUGACACCACCUCCAGCAACCGCGAGGCCUACCUCAACGGCCUCCGCGCCAAGAUCUCGGACCACCUGAACAACGUGGAGAGCGUGCGCAAACAGCUGGACGCCCAGACAGACGAGCUGCGCCAGACCAUCGAGGACAAGCUCCGCUCCGCCGAGGAGAACAGGAACGAGAACAUGGGCAAGAUGCUCGAGAAGCUGAAGGACCACGAGGAGUACGCCCAGAAGGUGCGCCUGGGGCACGAGGAGGCCAUCCGGCAGCUAGAGGAGCGAAUUCAGGCCAAGCUCGAGAUCGCAGAGGCCAACCGCGAAACAGAGAUCAUGAAGAAGCUCGAAACUCUCCGGGAACACUCCAAUAAAAUCAAUGAGGCCCAAGAGCUGGUUAACAAGAAGGCCGAGGAGGUGCUGAAGCAGCGCGAGCAGGAAGUGGCGGCCAAGGAGGAGCGCCUGCGGAAGAUCUCGCAGGAGAAGGAGGCCAAGAGGCAGGAGCACACCAAGACGGUGAGCGAGAAGAUCGAGCAGGCGCACGAGAACAAGGCCAAGGAGGAGGAGGAGCUCAAGAAGAAGACGGCGGAGAAGCUGGAGCAGAAGCUGGAGAUCGCCGAACAGAACCGGCUGGAGAUGGCGGAGAAGGCGAAGAAGGCCAAGGAGGAACAAGAUCGCCGAGCCGAGCUAGUCCGUGCUAACAAGGAGCGUCUCAUGGCCGCCGAGAAGCACGAGACCGCCUCAUCCGGUUAAUUUGCUAAUUAACCUUGCCAACCCUCUCACCCACCCACCCAUUCGGCCCCAGAGAGAUCCCACUAGGCUCACCCACUGAUUUACAUUAUUCACCCAGAUUCUACAAGCAACAGAACCUGUCAUAACUAGUGGGGGCCAAACCUUGCCUGGAAGAAGAGCCCGGAAGGGUUUCUUUGUAAGAGUCAGGAGAAAAGAACGCUGGCUAUACUGUUAAUCUGUCCCCGCCCAUCCAAUCACAAUCCUAGUGUUGCCCAUUUUUAGUAGAAAUUAGGACAGUGGGUUAUCGGGAAACGAGGCACAGACCCCGCUCGCGCUGGGGGCGGGCGUGCGGGCCGGACGCGUGCACCCGUCGCAGCGCCCCGCUCCCCCCUCAGACGCGGGCGGCGGUCGGUGCUGUCUCCCGGUGUCCCACUCAUUCGAUGUUCCCCUUGAAGCUAAUCGCCCCAUAUCUAAUUUGCCUUCUGGUGGAGAUUCCUAAUGAAUCUGCUGUAAUGCCACAUGCGAUGAUGUUAGCUUGUAAAUGAUGCAUAUGCUCAGCUUUGAACAUUAAUGUCUCGAUAUUUACUGCUGGGUUACGAGUGAUAGGUAAUAUUAAGGUUAAUAUUAUAGAUGAUAAUGCCUCUUACUGCCAGUUUUAUAAUUUUGGACGUGCCUGUCACCUUUGUCUUUCUGAUCCUGUAUGAUUGUUGACAGCGCACUGACCAACAGGAGUAGGCAUUAACGAUGUAGAGAACAUAGAUUAUCAAGUGAUUAAUAUACUCAUACAUAAGUGUGUGCAGGGUACUGGAUGAGUGGGUGAAUCUUGGUGACCGGAGGACUUGGUUGAAGUUAAGCCCUAUUAAACAAUGCAGUAGUUGUCCUUUAAAAACAACCUGGCCCCCUUGUUUGUUUCUGUCUCGGUAACUCUUUAAAAGUCCCUUCAUCCCAGUAAGGAUAUUUUCUUCUUCCUAAAACCUGUCCACACUGCCUUCUGCUAUAUAUACAUAUAUCUAUAUUUCAUUUUAUUUUUUGUGGCAAUCACAUCCUUGGCGCUCCUGCAAUAGUUAUUAAUUGUAAUAUCAGUGUCCCUGACUUCCCAACUGUUUCCAAUAUCCAGUGAUAUUCUCAAUUUAACAUUUAAUAUUAAGAGUCUUGUGAUCUGUCUUUAGUUUUUAAGGAUUUUUCUAGCCUAGAUUAAAACUGGAAAUGCUGUAUUCUAAGACUGCCUUCUAUCAUUACGAAUACAGGUUUCAGUUUUCAUCUUUGUACAUUAUGUAAAAAAAAAGGCAAUUUUAGUUAGUUCCAAGUGAGUGAAUCAAAUUUGAAUGCUUUUGCAAACCUUUCAGACUUUUAUUUGGAUAGAAUCUUAAGGAAUGUAUGUAGUGUAAAGGUGGCGCUCCAGAUCCAGCACCGACUGUAAUGCUUACCAAAGUACUGGUGUCCAAACAACUGAAUCCCAGCAAUGGUUUGAUAAAAAAAACUAAAUUUCCAAGGUUCAUGGUUGAAAUGUGGAUAUGAUUUUCUGUAUGGUUUUAUAAUUUUCUUUUCGUGUUCCUAAGAUUGAAUGCCUGAUCUGGUUACUGCAAUCCUUUUAUUUAAUUCCCUUAAUUUAUAUUCGACAUUAAUUGGCUUCUCAAAGAAGUUCUAGUGACCAGAUACGGAUGUUCAAUACAUUCCAUAAAAAUUGUAAGAUUGUAUACAGUUGGCUGGGGUCCAUUAAACUUUGUCAACACUACAAUUUAUUCAUCUUUUUGUCCCAACACCUUUUUGAAGAAGAGAGAAGGAUGAGGAGCAGGAUCUUCUUGUAAGGAUACCUGCACGAGACCUAAUAGCACACCAGAGUUGAAAUGGAAAAGUGAUAAAUUGCACCUUGAUAUCUAAGAGAUUAACACAGCGUCAUCUUGAGUAUGAUUUGGAUAUUUUGAUUGAAGUGAGCAGCUUGCAGUGGAAAAAACAGCAACUUUAAAAAUGUAUGAUUUAUGAUAAGAAUUUAAGGUUCUUUUUCACCUUUUAUUUUAAAAGGCAGUGCCUCCUCCUAAGUUAAAGUGGGUCCAUUGGCCCAGUUAGAUAUAGAGGGAUUUGUAGACAUUAUCCAGACAGGACCAGUAGGAAGUCAUCCACGAGACAUUUUCACGUCCUUAACUUUAUAUACAUAUAUAAACAAACGGAGACAAAUCGUUUUAAUUUCCAAGUGCACACACUUAACUCCAUAACAUUAAAAAAGAAGUCUUGUAUUUUGCUUUACGAUUAUUUUAAUGUUUCUAGUCGUGCUUACGGAAUCUUUCCUUUCAGCUCUCCUCGUAGCAAAGCAUAAAAAAGGCACUUGUAAAAUGUGGAACAGUUCUUGAGGAUGAAGGCUAUAAUUUUUGUAUUUUUGACAUUUGCCUCAUUUCAAUAAAGUGCCAUUUAAUUUUGCUGUAACCUUAAUUGAAUGUCUAUUUUUGCAUACCAACGUUUGUAUCUGUGUUUGUGCAUUUGCGGUACAUUCCACAUUAUAGUGCUUAAUAAAUGGUAGUCCAAAUUAA